AUGCUCGUUUGCUUCCUUCUUACAUAUCUUCAUGUUGAAUGUUUUACUGAUCUAUCUCCUUUGUCUAUAGUGCCAACCAAAGCAGUCGACGUACGAGGCGUCAGACCAUGUGCAAUGACUCAAGAAUUAACAUCUGUGUGCGUCAUUUUCAGUGGGAAAAGAAAAUCUGUUGUACGGAUUAGUGAGCCUAUCAAAUCUUAUUUCGCUCAACAAUACGGACUCGACUUCUCCGAAUUACUUUCAUCGAAUUCGUACAAGGAAAACUAUCGUAAACAAAUGAUUGAUUGGAUGGAGCAGCAAAUACAGAAGGACCCGUACAUAUUUCCCCGAAAAGCCUUUUACGAAUGCUUGAAACGAUGUGAAAAGUCUGAACCUGAUAUUAUUAUUGUUUCUGAUGCUAGACGAAUGAAUGAUGUGGAAUUUUUUAUCAAGAAAUUUAGUCGAUCUAAAUGCCUUUUGGUACGCAUUACAUCACCUAUAGAAAUUAGAGUUCAACGUGGCUGGUCAUUUGUUGAUGGGAUUGAUAAUGUCAUGUCAGAGUGUGGGUUAGAUGAAUUCACUGACUGGGACCUGAUCAUAUCCAAUGAUGGGGAUGAGGUUACAUACCAAAAUUAUAUGAAAGAUAUUGUAUCACAUACUAAACAGAUGUUACAUAUAUCUUUGUGA